AUAAAUACGAGGGUUUCCUCUGCUGGAGCAUCACAGUACUCGGAACAUUGGUGGAGUAUCCUUCAAUUCUCAACCAAGGAACCGACAAUCGACAAGCGGAAUCUAUUCAACAAUGAGGCGAACACGAUUCACAGUUCUACCAGUUCGCUCCUGGCAGUAUGUUGGUCUGAUGGUGGUGUCUCUGGCUUGCAUGACUUUGGGCCUAGUGUCCAGAGACCGAGCUGGAAGAUCUGGAAGCCUGGCUGGUCCUGAACUGAAGCACACUGCACCACAUGAAGUUGACGCUUGCCCAAAUGAGCUAGCCAUGCUCUUCCGAUCGUUUGCUGACGACCCGGCUGCCAAAGGACUUGAAUUUGACCACCGAAUCGACCCCUACAAGCUGGAUCAGUCAAGAAUAUCACGAUCCAGGUCCCUAGAUCGCGUCGAUGCUCGACGAAUAGCUCGUCGAGAAGUCGAUGCUCGGUUGGAGAGUCGAAGACUGAGCAGAAACUUAAGAGAGAGCCAAAGACUGAACCGCGAUAGGCAAUUGGAGAGUUUUGCUAGAAUCCGAAAUGCUGAAAGCCGUCAGAAAGCUGAAAGCCGUCACAAUCGCGGAGAAAUCCGCGCUUCAGUUCGGGAUCGACGAGUUGAGGAGACUAGAGUUCGGGAUCUACGAAACCGAGACGUUUCGCGGAGUAGACGGCUUGAAACUCAGGAAAAUUCGCGAGAUCGACGAGUAGAUUCUAGAGCAGUGGAGAGACGGCUUGCUGAAGUUUUUAGAGUUCGUGAAUCUCGAGACGAACGUCGUGUGGCUUCUAGAUCGUUAGAUUCACGUGAACGACGAGUUUUAGAAGCAUCUAGAGUUCGAGAAUCACGAGAUGAACGUCAUUUGGCUUCUAGAUCACUAAAUUCACGUGAACGACGAAUUGUUGAAGCUUUUAGAGCUCGCGAAUCAACUAGACGUCUUGAUCAAGCCCGCGAAUCACGAGAUGAACGUCGUGGAGUUUCUAGAUCACUAGAUUCACGUGAGCGACGAAUUGUUGAAGCUUCUAGAGUUCGUGAAUCAACUAGACGACUUGAUCAAGCUCGCGAAUCAACUAGACGUCUUGACCAAACUCGUAAAUCGCGAAAUGAACGUCGUAUGGCUUCUAGAUCACUAGAUUCACGUGAGCAACGAAUUGUUGGAGCUUCUCGAGUUCGCGAAUCACGAGAUGAACGUCGUGCAGCCUCUAGAUCAUUAGAUUCACGUGAAAGGCGAAUUGUAGAAACAUCUAGAAUUCAAGAAUCGCGAGACGAACAUCGUGCAGCUUCUAGAUCGCUAGAUUCACGGGAACGACGAGUUAUAGAAGCAUCUAGAGCUCGCGAAUCGCGAGACGAACGUCGUGCAGCUUCUAGAUCGUUAGAUUCACGUGAACGACGAGUUGUAGAAGCAUCUAGAGCUCGCGAAUCGCGAGAUGAGCGUCGUUCUACUGCAGAACUCUCAGAAAAUCGCAAAAAAAGAUCUGUUGAAGGUUCCCGAGUCCGCGACGAACGCAGGGUAUCUGAAAUCCGAGGACGUGAUGCACGGGAUCAACGUUUUUCUGCUACUAGAGCAGAAAGUAUAGGAAAACAUGAAGCAGAAAGCUCAAGAACUCGCAAAACUCAAAAUGAACGGAGGGUCCAUGAUAACAAUGCUCAACGUGCUCCGUUAGUCAGCCGAAUUCGACGAGAGUCCAUCUCUAGGGAACGGCUAACUGAUGAUCGCAAAGCUGAUACAAUCAGGGUAUCAGGAGAAGAUCAGAUCCGAGUUAACUACUUCAAGUUGCCAGAAAUUAGUGCUAAAUAUGACUACGAGUUUAUCAAACAGGCUCUUGUAGCUGGUUUGUUUACUAUCUACGCUGCUUCUAUCUUCCAGGGCAAGGCUAGCUACUUUAGGUCCAUCAUCCCCCAAGCUCGUCUUGCAGCCUGGUAAACAUUAUCUUAAGCUGAAAUAUAACUGGCAAUUCUGGCACUCUAUAUUUAUCUAUAUUCUGGCCUAAAUCCUAACUAGUCCUGUAGUUCCAAAAAUAUUUACAGCCAGAUAAUUAUUACUCAUUAUUAAAAAAUUAUGACUAUAUAUUACAUAUUAUAUAUUUAGUGUAGUUCUCUGUAUCCUGUUAUUGAUGAAUAAAUAAAUAUUUUUUGUGUCUUA